AUGAAUGGAAUGCGAUGGGAGUCUUUUUUGAGGAACGAGCAUCUAACAGCCAUAGAGGAACACUCAGCUGCGUCUGAGGAGGUGUCGAAGUGUCUGGUGUCCAUGAAGGAGAUCCNACACACAAGCCAAGAUCAAGCUCAACUCAGUUUCUCCUCUUUUCUCUCUUCCCUCUCUCUUCCCUCUCUUGCUCUCCAGGCGUCUGAGGAGGUGUCGAAGUGUCUGGUGUCCAUGAAGGAGAUCCUGUACGGCAGCAACGAUAAGGAGCCUCACACGGAGACGGUGGCCCAGCUGGCCCAGGAGCUGUACAACAGCGGGCUGCUGCUGUCGCUGGUGAAGAACCUGCAGGUCAUCGACUUCGAGGGCAAGAAGGAUGUGUGUCAGAUCUUCAACAACAUCCUGAGGAGGCAGAUCGGGACGAGGAGUCCCACCGUGGAAUAUUUCUGUUCCCACCCGGAGGUGCUCUUCAUCCUGCUGAAUGGUUACGAGACGCCCCAGUCAGCGUUGAAUUGCGGGAUCAUGCUGAGGGAGUGCAUUCGCCACGAGCCGCUCGCCAAGAUCAUCCUGCACUCCAGUGAUUUCUACAAAUUCUUCCUUUACGUGGAGAUGUCCACCUUCGACAUCGCCUCCGACGCCUUCGCCACCUUCAAGGAUCUCCUGACAAGACACAAAGUGCUUGUGUCCGAAUACCUGGAGCAGAACUACGAAGCUGUGUUUACAGACUACGAGAAGCUGCUGCACUCGGAGAACUACGUCACCAAGCGGCAGUCUCUAAAGCUGCUGGGCGAGCUGCUGCUGGACAGACAUAACUUCACGGUGAUGACGCGCUACAUCAGCAAGCCGGAGAACCUGAAGCUGAUGAUGAACCUGCUGCGAGACAAGAGCCCCAACAUCCAGUUUGAAGCCUUCCACGUCUUCAAGGUUUUCGUAGCGAACCCCAACAAGACGCAGCCCAUCAUCGACAUCCUGCUCAAGAACCAGACCAAACUAAUCGACUUCCUGAGCAACUUCCAGAAGGAUCGCACGGACGACGAGCAGUUCAACGACGAGAAGACCUACCUAAUCAAACAGAUCCGGGAUCUGAAGAAGCCGGCCUCCUAGAGAAGCCCCUCAACCCCAACUUUUUACCGAUAGGAUUAAAAAAAAAAAAACACACACAUUAACAAUAACGGUUACUCUAUUUCAAAGAAAAUCUUCUCUUUGUUGGUUCAUUUGAAACACUAGUUCUCAAUCACUGAUCUUUCUUUUUGUAAAUGUUUCUCAUGAGAUCUUUGUUUGUUUGUUUUCCAUCUGUAGCAUGUCGUGCCACAACUCAUGGUGUUGAAGGCAUUCGCUCUGCUGGGAGAACCAGCCCUUAAAAAUCCUUUUUGUAAUGCGAACAGUCACCAGAGGCAGUCUCUACACAUGGAUUGAUUUUGAACUGUUUAAGUGAAGUAGCUGCAAAUCAAAAAUAACUAUAAUAAUGAAGAAUUCCUGCUUUUGUUUUUUCAGCUGGGUCGGCAUGUGCAAAAACAUAUUCUCAGUCAUCGCUCAGCGCUUCGUUAGCCAAUUAGCAACAUUUAGCUGCUAGACGUCCUUCUUAUUGUAAAGCCAAACAACCGUGAAGUCCACUGAGACAAAUAUUACAUUUGUGAUAUUAGGCCGUAUAAAUAAACAUUGAUUAAUAGUGCCAAUUAAACAUGGGACAGGAUUAAGUAGACCUUUGAGAUUAAGAGUGUGCUACAAGAUAAAUACAUCGGACUAUGAUCUAAGGGAUGCUUUUUAAUCAUCUGUAAUGGGAUGACCAAUCACAACAGAGAAACAACCUGGAAAUCAGCAUAAUAGGGCCUCUUUGAAGCUCUCCAAAACCACAUAUAUUUGGCAAUAUCGAGACUGAGAAUAGACGGGUACAGCUUCCUUUUGAUCACUGGUUCUCUUCGCUGGUGGCUGAUCGCACUUUCUGUAUGAUACAUAAUAUGUUAAUCUUAAGCUGAUCACUGCUUGAGGGUUCAUUUUUUUAUAUAUAGUUUCAUUUCUUGUCAUGUACAGUGUAUGGUUUGUACACCUGCCAUUGUGAGUGGGAACGUUGUUUUGAUUUGGAUCUGACGUUGGUGUUAGAAACCAGCGAGAGGAUCCAGAGGUGCCUUUUUGGUUUGGUGUGUUCUUCUUUUUGUAUUUCCACUAUCUUUCUAGGGGAGCUUAAUUGUUAUGUUAAUGAGAAUAUGCUCUGGACAGAACAUAUUUGUUGUGAUUAAGCAGUGAACCUCUCAACUCACUAUACUUGAGUUACGCUGUCAUAGAAACGUUUUGAACUUUUUCAAGCUGAUGCCAUCGUGUACAGACCAGGGGCUUUACGGUUUCCGUUGAUUUAAUGUUCAAAUUACAAACUGUUGGUGAAGAAAUCAUCGGGGAAGUUAUCGCAGAGUGAGGCCAAAGUUUGAACUGAGAAAUGUAACUGUGAAAAAUCCACAUGUAGUAAAAAAAAAAAGCCUUAAAAUGCGGUUGUUUUUAUAUUUGAAUAAUAAUGAAAAUUGACAUUGGCACUUCAAUUAUAGGAAAUGUUUGAAUGUAUUCUCCAAUUGAUAUUCAAUCUUCAUCCACAGGAGUCUCUUUGAUCAGGACACUCACUAAUUGAAUCACUAAAAUAUGUCAUUGAGUCCGAAUGGAGGACAGUAUCAGUCUUGAAUCUGGAAAUCAGGACAAAUAAUUCAGCCUUUUUUGUCAUCUGGGUUUAAAAUAAAAAACAGUCCCAGCCCCUUUUUAGUGCUUCAAGCUGUGACAUAUCGUACUAAGAUGCAAAAGUAGACCAACCAGUUUAACUUGAGCCAAACUCACCCACGUUUUUUAUUUCUCCAACAAAAGAGCAAUUAGCAACUCCACAUUAUCCUUUCUCUCAAGGCCGCCUCCUUAUCUUCCACAUUGAUGCUAUUGUACCACAUUCACAACAAAUAAAAGGAUGGGAAUGCA